AGACGAGAAGCUAAAAGAUAAGGCUCAAGAAAAUUAGGGUUUUUUCUUCCUUUUGCAUUCAUUCAGCUCGCUAAAUAAGGGCUAUCCAUCUUCCAGUAAUUCAGUAGCUUCACAAGCUGGACCUGAAAAUAGAUCUUGGCACAUAUCAGGAGUGUGAUUAUGGUAUCUGAAUUUAUGUAGUUUGAAGGGAUUUUCAGGAGCUGUAAUCGGGUCAUGAAUGCGUGUCUGGGGACAUGCUCGAACCAAGGGGAGCGGACAUACCAAUAUUGUUCCUGGUUUUGGUUGUACUUCCUGUGGUAGCUUACAUAUUAUUAGGAAAAUGGAGUGACAUUUCUGAAAAAAGAGGAAGGGCUAACUUGCUGGCUCAGAUGGCAGCUGAAGAAGCUUUAAGAGCUGAGACCCUGGUUAAUGCGAAUAGGGCUGUAAGAUUUGAGAGUGUGGCUACUGAGAAUAGGGCUCAAAGAACCAAGACCAAGACUGUUUCUGCUGCGAGUGCUGCUGUAAGAGCAGAGUUUGACGCUGGUGUGAGUGAGAAUGUAGCCGUGCAGAGAUCUGAUUCCGUGACUGCUACAUGUGGGGUCCCAGUUGUGGCCCCUGUCAAUAAUAAUGAGUUACAUGUAUGUGCAAGGUGUUUUGGUCCUGCUAAGACACGUUGCUCGAGAUGCAAAUCUGUUAGAUACUGCUCUGGGAAGUGCCAAAUAAUUCACUGGAGGAUAGCUCAUAAAGAUGAAUGUGUCCCACUGGAGACUUGCUCUUCUUCAUCUGAGAGGAAUUCCUUCGAGAAAGAUUCUGUGUUGUAUGACCAUGGCAUGGAUUCUACAAUGUAUAGUAACAAAACUACACAGGCAUCAAAGGGAAAGACUUCAAAAAGCUCUGUUGAUGUUGCAAGCUUGGGUAUCUCUCAGAUUGAUAUUACGCCACAAAUCAACACGCAAGGGAGGAAAAGCGUAGGAAAACAUAAUUCUUCCAAGUCCAACCGAGAAUCAUCUAGAAGAGACAGUGCUGUGUUUGAUUCUUCUGAAGAAGUUUCUCGUGGUGAAGCUGGUUGUGCUGGUGGCGAUAACAAGAAGGGUCACACUAAACAUAAGUCGAGAAGCAACAGUUAUGCUGCGGAAACAAAUCCUAGAAGGCAUUCUGUUGACAGCUCUUGUGUGCAAAUGAAUGGACAACCUUUUGUAAGUGGUAUGCAGGAAAGUCACAAACACGAAAACAAUUUGGGAGUAAGAAGCUCUUUUGGUUGUCCAAACACACAAUUUCCUGCAAACGGAACCAGAACUGCUACACUGCCCAAAACAGUUGUUAACAAAUCUGGCGAACAGUCAUGCACAGAGACAAGUAAGAAGGGGCAACUCGCUGCAGUAUCAAAGACUGUUAGGUCUAAGGAUACUGGCAUCGCUGAAGAAAGCAAUGGCAUCUCCUCAACGAUGGGAAUAAUGAAGAUGAUGGGUUUAAGAAAUUCUACAAAGCAUGAAGAUCGACAUAAGAACCUGAAAAUGCUUUUUCCAUACGAGGAAUUUCUUAAAUUCUUUCAGUGUGAAGUGUUUGACUUAUCACCUAGGGGCCUUGUAAAUUGUGGAAACAGUUGCUAUGCAAACGCUGUCUUGCAGUCCUUAACAUGUACAAAACCACUUGUUGCUUAUUUGCUUCGACGAUCACAUUCAAGAUCAUGUUCUGGGAAAGAUUGGUGCCUUAUGUGUGAACUUGAGCAACAUGUAAUGAUGCUAAGAGAAUCCGGAGGUCCACUUUCUGCUAGCAGAAUUCUCUCACACAUGCGUAGUAUAAAUUGUCAGAUUGGUGAUGGGAGUCAAGAAGAUGCUCAUGAGUUCUUAAGGCUUUUAGUUGCCUCUAUGCAAUCCAUAUGUUUGGAGAGACUUGGAGGUGAGACUAAAGUGGAUCCAAGGCUGCAAGAGACAACCUUAGUUCAACAUAUGUUUGGUGGACGUCUCCGCUCAAAGGUUAAAUGCUUGAGGUGUGAUCAUGAAUCAGAAAGAUACGAGAAUAUAAUGGAUCUCACAUUAGAGAUAUAUGGUUGGGUAGAAUCUCUUCAAGAUGCCUUGACUCAGUUUACGAGACCGGAAGAUCUCGACGGAGAAAACAUGUAUCGAUGUAGCAGGUGCGCUGGAUAUGUUAGAGCGAGGAAAGAAUUGAGCAUUCAUGAAGCACCAAACAUUCUCACAAUUGUUCUUAAGCGAUUCCAGGAAGGAAGAUACGGGAAAAUAAACAAAUGUAUAAGUUUUCCUGAAAUGCUGGACAUGAUUCCUUUCAUGACAAGAACCGGAGACGUUCCUCCACUUUAUAUGCUUUACGCCGUCAUAGUUCACUUGGAUACUCUCAAUGCAUCUUUCUCGGGUCAUUACAUUUCCUAUGUCAAAGAUUUGAGAGGGAAUUGGUACAGAAUCGAUGAUUCCGAGAUUCAUCGAGUACCAAUGACUCAAGUUAUGUCAGAAGGAGCUUAUAUGUUGUUCUACAUGAGAUCGUAUCCGCGUCCUCAAAGAGGAGAACACAACGGAAAAGCUCCGGUUCAUCAUUCGCAACCAAGAAACGAGAUGAAGGAACAGAGGAAACCGGUUAACCACUUCAAACCGAGAGCGGAACACAAGAACACAGAGUCAUCAUCAAGCGAAUGGUCUCUCUUCACAAGCUCAGACGAAGCUUCUUUCACCACAGAAUCAACCAGAGACUCUUUCAGCACCAUAGACUACACAGAUGUUUGCCACGUCGUAGAGCCUUCUUCUCCUUUCGCCAUCUUCAACAACUUAUACCACAACGUAGAGCCAUCGCCACAUAACACCGUCGCUUGCAGAAUGUUCUCAGGCACCAAACCCGAAACCCGGUAUUUCGUGGAGCAAGAAACAAAUCACAACAACACGGUCGUGCUGGACUCAUCAACAUCACCAUAUCCAAGUCCAUCACCAGCACCGUAUCCGUCCCAUGAUUAUUACGAUCAGAGUAUGUAUGUAAAUUACGAGACUAACCCAGAAUUUAACAAUGGUCAGGAUCAGGAUAGAACUUACAGUUACUGGUAGUAAGUAGAAGAGACUAGAGAGGAUUCUGUUUUUGAACCUCCCUGAUUUUUAAAUAUGUUUAGAGAUCUCUUUAGGGAUACUUAACUCGAGUGCCCUGAGAUUUUUUUUGUCUUUAAUCAUCUCUGUCUUUGGUAUCAGGGCAAAUGUUCAAUCUCAUUUCAUCAAAAAUUCCCCUGUUUUUUAUCUCUGUUUCUGCAGAAUUUGAAUCGGAAAAAAGGUUUGCACUUUUA